GUUGAAACUUCAAUGCUUCCUUUAGUUUUUUUUUUCCAGGUUCGCCAGCACCGCACUAAUACUGAUACCAAUAGCUUAGCGGAAAGUGUACUUAAUGUCCGUCGAAGUUCGUUGAUGUAUCAGAUUUUACUUUGAAAAAUCAGAACGAGCCGACCACGUACUAUUCUAACGCAUAGAAAAAGUUGUUGUAUCUACUACGUUGUUGAAAAUAUCUCCUUGGUAUUGUUUCAGUAUUGUUUAUAGGUAUUCUCUUGAAAAAGAAAAAGGCCGAGAUAUUAUUAAGAUCAACAAACGGCUGACAUUUUUUUGUAGAGCUUUGUGCGAUCAUUGGUAUUGUUGUAGCUUCUUGUGUCCCGUACAUCACCUCGACUACCAUUGGUGGUGGGCUCUACAGACGGUAUUGUCGCAGUUUGUCAGAGUUCUUCGCGUAGUAAACGAAGCUCUUGGUCUUGGAUUUUUGGAAUCAGAAGUCUUUCACCAUCGAAGUAGAGCCGCAUAACAAAAGGAAAACAUCAACUCCAGAAAAACAAAAUACUGAAGUUGUAGUCGUUCCUAGAACUGCUGUGGACGAUUAGAUAGAAGAGGACAAACAGAGAGUUGCACUUCUCCGUUCCCUUGUUUCUGGCGCAAGGCAGAACGUCCGAGCACCAAGCAGACCGAGCACUACGGGACUCACCCACCCAGCAAGUACGCGGUACUGCUCGGACGCAACGCUAGUUCCAUGCUGGAAAGCUUCUUCUCAGAUCUAACGACCACAAAGUACUACAAUUUAAACCUCUGUAUUUUUUCAUGAAGAUCCUACCUUAGCAAGCAGAAGAAGAACGACUUCCGUACAGAUUCUACUUGCUUCUACCUAAAACAAUAGCCGUCUCGCAAUCACAGGGUGGAUAUUUAGAACAACCUCAAGAACACAUAGUUAGCUUGGUUAUCUUAUCCUAGCCUAAAUUAGUGUACCGUAGCGCCGCCACCUGGGUUCUUUCCUUCUUGGCCUCAUAGCGAUAUCCUUAUAGCUUCUCACGCAGCCGGAGCCGAAGCCGUGGCUGCUUGCUACUGUGAUAUCCUGUUGUAUACAAUCAACAUUGGCAGCUCUGAGAAGUUUCUCUAAUAGUGGUUGCGUAUGCAAACCAUACCGAAGACGCCAAAAUUAGUAGAAAAAACGUUGCCAAUCGACUACAAUCAGAAUAUAAAAAAAGUUUCGCCGCUGUCCAACUUGUAGCUCGUCAGUGCUCCGCCUUUAGCAGUGACGAUUUUGGGCAACCCAGGAACAAAUAUUCCAAUGUGCCUCGUGGUGAGCAACUAAGAAUAAUAUUCAUCUAUCUUUCAUUUUUGAAAGGCGGGAACAAGAAACAGACGCUUUGUUUCAAACGAAAUUUCUACCCGUGCGUAACUCAAGCGGUUUGCGGUUUUGGCUACUGCUAGAAUAGCUGCAUUCAUACCGUAACCAACAACAACUUUUGUUGCGUCGCUCGGUCCUCACUGCCCACGAUAUCAAGCGGCCGAUCCGGCGGGUGCAGUGGUGGUAGCGACAUCGAUUGACGUGUGCGAAGAAACGACAAUAGAAGGACGCACAGGUGUACAACUAGUCGGGCCACAGAAGAAAUACUACAGCAGCUCCGCUUGUUCCAGCUGUUUGAGGACGUAGACGUGGACCAGCAGCAAUCGUCGGAGAAGUAUUUGACCCAUCCUUCUACAGCGAGACGAGCUUCGGACUUCUCCUAGUUUGUUGAGACCGCGAAAGUGCAGAAUGCCGAUGGAUGUGGAGGCUUCGGCCCUCGCCUUUUUUGUGCGAACCAGUCAGAACCUGAAGAUCCUCACUCUCGGCAAGGCCAGCGUCGCCAACCAGGAGAAGCUGAACCCGAAAGAGCUCGCGAAGCUUCCGCACAUCCCCAAGUCCGCCUCCUGGUCUCCCGAUUCGCAAUGUCUCGCGGUCGGCGAUACCGUCAAGGGCGUGGUGAUCAUCGGUCUCCGAAAGGGCAAGCCAACCGUGCAAAUUCUGCAGGGCAGUUCCACGAACACCCAGCACAUCUGGUGGUCGCCAUCAUCAAAGUAUUUUCACAUUGACUGCUGCCAUUUCUUGCUGUGCUAUGUGUAUGUAAGUAUGCUUACCGCUUCGGCUUCCCACAAAGUAGGAGAAAGCGUUUCUCUAAAAGUGCAAAAAACAACGAAAUUACAGGUUUUUGGUGACUCAAAACCCGCCAGAGAAGGUCGAGAAAGGCGAAACGGCACCACCGAACCUGCUCGUUUGGAACGCAGAAACUCUGAAGAUCGAAGCGCAGUUCAGUGUCCCCAAGGGUGACGGGAGCAGCAAGAAAGCCUGCCCUCUCCUUUGGGCUCCGGAUGAAUCUGUCUGCGCUAGGGUACUAUCAAGAAAUGAUUAUUGCACAAUAUCAUGCACAUUUUUUCGAUUUGAUACAGAGUAUGCAGCUUUGCUUAAUUUUUUGGUAGAUGUUGAGCGUCAAAGAAUAACAAUAAACCAGAAGAUUCUCAAUUUCGCUACACCACAGAUACUUCCGCCGGAGAAAAAUUGUCGGGAGUCCGUCCUUCACCUCCUCCCCGGUCAUGAUUUGAAUGCGACGCCUUUAUUCGAGAUUCGGGAGGAGCGCGCAAAUUUGGUGGCCCAGUGGGCUCCCGCGAGUGCAAAAACCGCGGCCACUCCGAAAAACGCCGGGCUGCAACUCGCCCUGUUUGUGUCUGACGGGCGAAACGAGAUGCAGCGGGUGUCGUCUCCCGCCGAGAUACGGAUAUACGACUGCACGAAGGCUGCCGGGUCGACAAAGCUCGUAUUAUCCAAGCGUGCAGAGUCCGCCAGCGGAGAGUCCGCAGAUCUCCAGUGGAGCGCAAGUGGCGACGCUUUGCUCGCCCUAGUGGAGACCGAAGUAGACGAAACGGGGGUGAGCUACUACGGCUCCACACGUUUGUUACUGCUCCCGAACGACCCAGAUGCAGAAGUCCAGGAGCUCAAUAAAGACGCGGAUGGGAAGUAUCAACUCAACUUGAAAUGCAUUAAUACUUUUAACUACUUGGUACGCUUGGUGAGAUUCUGGUUGUCAUGUACCACUUGAAAGAUGAACACUGGAAGUCAAAGCAAAGUACUGCUGCUGUUGCAACUACGAAAUAAAUCUUGAAUUUUCCUACACAAUCUCAGAUACCAACCCAUUCAAGCGGUGUCCUGGUCGCCGGCAGAAGACCUUUUUGUCCUGAUUCGGGGAUUUCAGCCCGCAAAUGUCAGCUUGUGGAAGUACGACCGGUUAACAAAGCAGGCAAAAUGCCUCACCAUUCUCGCGGACAAGGCGCACAGAAAUAGUGUGAAAUGGAACAAAUUUGGCUCCGUCUGCCUCAUCGGCGGUUUUGGAAACUUAGCGGGGGAGUUGGAUUUCUUUGGAAAAACCGAUACCGACAAACUCGAGAAAAUGGCGACAUCCCAGGCCAACUGCACUGUUUCGGUAGCGUUUUUCUUUCUCACUUCCAAUGUUGGGAAGAUAAUUAUUUUGUGAUGCGAGGCAUUGAUUAUUUCAAUUUUUUUAUCUGUACGUACUUACACGUAGAGUUGUAGACGCUCCCGGAACUACCGGAAGUUCUGCGCAUUCUCGUGUUUCUACAACUAGUGUGUUUUUGGAUUAGCCGACGACAUCAAACAUCAACAGGUCGAAUGGAGUGCGGAUGGCAUACAUAUCAUCACUGCCGUGCUUGCGCCAAGGAUGCGCGUCGGAAAUGGUUUCACAAUUUGGAACUGCUUGACUGGAGCCGGGCGACACACAGAGCCGUUUGAAGAACUUUACGAGGUACAGAGUUUUCAUGCUUUUCUUUUACCUCUGAGCUCUACACGUAAUACUAAUAUGCUAUGAUCUUUUGCUUCUGAGACUGGGACAUGAAUAUCUAGUACCUGUAUUUUUCUUGAUGCGUUGGUUGGAAUAUGGCGCACAUUUACGAUAUCCCCACUCUUCAUCUGCAUGUUCACCUCAGGUCGGCAUCCGUCCGCACGACUGCAAGGGGAGCCACUUCGAAGGACCGCAGAGGCAGGACAUCAAGAAGGCAGCUGCUGCGUGUUCAAAGACUACAGAAGAAAAGCCCAAAAAGGCCGUAUCCUAUGUAAAAACAUCCCCACCCCAGUGUUGUCAUGCAGAUUUGCAAGCACAAGAGCAUUUGUAAUGCGCAUCCCCAUGAGAGGCAUUGCCCAUCGUGUUUUGCAACUUGUAAUGCUGUAAACAGGAUAAGGAGACGGAUUUCUUAUGCUGCUUCCCUUGCUAAACUGCACUACAGUACAGCCUGCAACUUGUCAUGCGUGACUCGGAAAAGGUCUAGGUUUGUGUUGCAAAAUCCCCAUCUUGACUCUGGGGUGGGGACGUUUUUACACGGGAUAGGCCGCGUACCGACCGCCCCAUGCACGGGGCGAGCCGGCGAAUAACAGUAUCAAGGCUUUCAUGCUUGGGCAGACCGGAGACGCGAGUUUAUCAAAAGUAAAAAUGUCUGGGUCUGGAAACUUGUGAUGCUGGGUGGCGUCUCAUGAUGAGGCUACAGAUGCUGGCUCAGCAUGACACGUUUCUGAGCUCCUAGGUGUUGCCUAUUCCGCAUGACAAACUGCGCUUCUGCAUCACAGAAAAGCGGAGCUCUUGGGUAACGUGCAUGACAGAUAGAAGAGUCAUGCCAGACAAGCAUGACAAACAUGAAUUCUUCCAGACCCAGACAUUUUUGCAUUUGAUAGAGUUCCCCGAGGAGCAAUAGUCCCGACAAGAAGAGCCCUGACGGCAAGAAGGCACUGCUCGCAGCAAGUGGCGCGAAGGCGGGCAAUAUUAAAGACGCGGCGAAGCAGGAGCAGGACGGUAGCAGCGGGGGCGCCACCGGCGUCGCUAGUGGCAAGGAGGAGUCGGGUAACUCGAGUAGUGAGCCCAGUGGGCGUACUGACAAGGCAUGGAUUCGAGGACAGGCCGUUCCAAGCGGAAAGAAAAAGGAGGAGAAGGCCAACAAGACUGGUGCAGGAGAUUCUGCAACCACUUCAACAUCAGCAGAGCAGCCGGCAAAUGGUGGCGCUGACGGUAUUCGGUUGCUCUUGUUUUAUUGGGCUAGGAGCGCUCGUCCUUUUUGUUGUGUCGCAAAGUGUAUAAGCUCAUCUCUACCACCACCUGACUUGAUGAAAAUGUACACAAUGAAUGUUCCACAAAUUUCUACAGUUCCUCCGGCAAGAAGGUCACAGAACGGAGUGGAUCCGGAGAAGACGCCUUCGAACUCCAGACCACAGAGCGACGACGAAAGGGGCGAUAGGUACUUUGAUUUCGAGACCGUGAUUUUUUAUUGGCUCUGACCGCGCGAUUGCUCUCUGUUGAGGUAGAUACUAGUCAAAUUGGGCUCUACAUUCGUGAUGUAACAUGGUUUUGAGCUUCACGGCCGCGUGCACACGAAUCGAUUGGAAGAAGAUUUGGAAAAUACGAAAAAUGAACAGCAAACUGCAGAACAAAGCGGGCGCAAAGGGUUUUUCGGGUGCCGAAACAGCAAAUGGAAAGCCCGGGCAACCGGCCACCUCCUCUUCGUCAAGUAAGGGAGGUGCCUUGGCAGCAACCGAGAAUGGCGGGAAGCAGCAGAAUAGCAGUACCGGCCUGCCACCACCACCCUCGCACCAGCCGCCAACCACAGCGGCGAUGGCCCAGCAGCAGGCAGCGAACGAUCCAAAGAAUUCGAGCAUACCAUUGCGCACAGUGGGCGCGGGUGGUCCACCAACGGCGCAGCCCCCCGGAGCAUCGAAAGGACCCCCAGGUGCGCCGCCGAGCCAGUUUGCACCGAACGCUCGAGGCCCGCCACCAACCAUGAACGGGCCCUACCCGGGCAUGCCGGGUGGCCCCCCGAUGAAGGGCUAUCCCAACUACCCCGGCGCGCCGCCGCCUUCCUACCCACACGGUAUGAUCCCGGGCCCGCCGCCAGGACCCCCGUACAACGGCUACGGCGCGGGAGCGCCGGGUUACCCGGGAGCGGGCGGCGUUCCCCCCGGACAGUAUCCACCCCACUUCGCGCACCACCCGGGCGCCCCGCCGUUCCCGCAUCACCCACCAAACAUGGGACACUACGGAAUGCCGAACGGCGGAAAGGACGCCGGGAAAGGCGGGCCGGGCCCUCUGCGGGACAACCGACCCUGUCCGACCAACGGAUGGCAGUAUGUGGACCCGAAAGGAAACGUGCAAGGGCCCUUCGAACUCGAGGAAAUGCUGCAGUGGCACCAGCUAGGGUAUUUAGCAAUUGAUUAUCUAACUUCACUCCGCUUUUGCCUCGUGCCAUGUUUGUCGGAAUCGAUUUCGCUUUUCCGAUGCUGUUGCAGCAGCUGCUGUCAAUGCGUAUUGCUUUGACUCAUACAUCUAUGAGGUAGGUCUCUCAAGCUACUAUAUCUUUCUAGUAAAUUUUCAUUUUGACUUUCAGAUACUUCAAGCCGGAACUGAAGAUGCGGUUUACGGAUGACAUGGAGUUCCUCCCUUUCUCAGUGCUAUGGAAACAUCCGGCGGAGCCCUUUGAAUCCUUUCCAAACGUACCGGCGUCGAGCUAUCGGAGAUAA